AUGUCCCAGCUUUAUUCCUUCCAAGGCUGUAGAAGAUCCUUUCAGCAACUAAAUGGUAAUGCUCAGAGACGACUUCAUGUCCCAGCUUUAUUCCUUCAAGGUUGUAGAAGAUUCCUUUCAGCAAACCAAAUAAUAAUGUUGAGACGACUUAAUGUCCCAGCUUUUAUCCUUCAAGGCUGUAGAAGAUUCUUCAGCAACCAAAAUGUUAAUGCUUCAGAGACGACUUCAUGUCCCAGCUUUUAUUCCUUGGCUGUAGAAGAUUACUUUCAGCAACCAAAAGCUGGUAAUGCUUCAGAGACGACUUCAUGUCCCAGCUUUAUUCCUCUUCAAGGCUGUAGAAGAUUCCUUUCAGCAAAACUAAAUGGUAAUGCUUCAGAGACGACUUUAUGUCCCCAGCUUUUAUUCCUUCAAGGCUGUAGAAGAUUCCUUUUCAGCAACCAAAUAAUAAUGCUUUCAGAGACGACUUCAUGUCCAGCUUUUUCCUUCAAGGUUGUAGAAGAUUCCUUUCAGCAACCAAAUGGUAAUGCUUCAGAGACGACUUUCAUGUCCCAGCUUUUAUUCCUUCAUAUUGUAGAAGAUUCCUUCAGCAACCAAAUGGUAAGACGACUGUCCCAGCUGUAG